AUGGUCCAGCUGCGCCGAGUAUGGGUCGGGGGAACACUGCUGACGCUUGCAAAGAUAUUUCACUCGGCAAGCCGUCUCUGUCAACCGGUGACACGGUUCGCAUGUGUUGGUAGCCAACAACAGCCCUUCGUCUACAAUUUCGCUUCGCGAACCGCAGGAGAUCUUGCCAAUCACCUCGUCAUGGCGAGGUCGCGGCCCGCAGAUCGACAAGCUCGGUCAAAGGAACGCCAGCCAAUCAUGCCCAAGAACGGCAAUGUAGCGACGACGGACGAGUUUGGGGAAGAUCCUUGGGUUGUUGGUUCAUCUCGCAGCAACGAUUGUCGAGAAUCGCCGGUCAAUACUACUCUCCCAGCAAGCGACGCUCUGCCAGCACCAAAAGGAGCUGAUGAGCAAGAACACGAUGACGUUGCACUGCCCACGCCCAUUGCGCAAGGCAUGUGGAAGGUGACGGCCCCCGAUGGCCGCGAAGUGCUCAGCUACCAGCCGAUUCGGGGCUUCGAACACCUGUUGCAUGGCAUGGUCCCGUCCGUCCCGUCCCAGAGAGCACCCAGCUACUAUAGUCCAGGGGCCGCUCACCAACCGUCCCAACAGCUCGUCCCCACCCAAGAACCGGGUCUUCCGGGUCCUUAUGGUACACACCCAUUUCAUCAUGCAUUCCUGCACUGUCACUCGCUAAUCUCCCCAGUCACGUGCCCACCAGUGCAAUACCCAGCUCCAGUCCAAGCAAAGCGGAAGACGUUGAAGCGAAGUCGGUCUGUCACCCGUCCAUCGACACAGCACCAACGGCAAGUUUACCAUGACAAUGAAGAAGAAUUCGACGACGACAAUGAAGCCAGGACCUCCAACGAGGCUGCGUACACCUUCUACGUCGGUGAUAUUGACCAGUUGAGCAAGUUCUAUCGUCGCAGAUUGGAAGAGCUGACCAUGAAGCCCCUGCGUCCCAUUGUCACUGCCUGGAUCAAGCAGCUAGAACCUCGCCGUCUAGGUAGCUAUGGCCCCUAUCACAAGAAAAUGCCCUCUCAGAGGCCGCCUGAAUGCACCCCAGAUUGGUGGCCACGCGACGUUCGUUAUGAAGAGCCUUCGCAUCUCGAUAAGACAGGUCUUUUGAAAGUAGCGGUGACCAUGAUGCUUCAGCACCGCGCCAUUGAUGAGCCGAAGCGAAAAGGUUCCUGGGUGGCUAAGCUGCAGCAGGCAGCGCAGUAUGCCAUUGAGACUACACCCCCAGAGCAGUUUUCCUCGUCCAAAGGGUCAGGCUUUAGUGAACGCAUGCGUGAUCGGGCAUUAAACGAGAUCAUGCCCAGUUUGUUUAGCAUUGCGCAAAUCCAUGAAGAUCAUCUCGCUCAGUACAACCUGUACGAAGGCAGGGGAAAUGUGGAUACCCGCCGGGGUACAAUGUGCACAUGGCAACCCGUGUCGAGGCCGCCCCGACAGUCUACCUUUAACCGAAAGCGUGCCAAGGUACCAUCGCGAGCCCCACGGAUAAGAGAGGUGUCUGAGGAUACUGUCUCAGGAGAUGAUACUGAGGUCGACGAUACCAUCAGCAAUACCUUCUUACGCCGUGAGCGUGCACAAUAUCGCAGACAACAGCGCACGCCAAAAGCGACCCGGUCUUUGCAGGCGUCACCAAUAGACGCACCCGCUCUGACUAGUGCCAAUUGUGCUUCAACACCUUCCCGCGGCUCGACUAUGAUGGCGACUCCGAAUGGCUCCUUUGAGCGCACAAUGACCGGUCUCUGUCUUGAAGGCGACGUCAACAUGGACGUCAAAUAUGUCGAUGCCACUCACUUCAGCAAUCCAGACAUGAUGUGCAACAUGUUUGCCCUGAGCCAACCCGUGCAGUACUCUGUAUCGCAGCCAAGCUUUGACAGCCAUAGCUUCCAUGGCCAGGAGAAUGUAGCGCCUUUUCCCGGCCCGGCUCAUCCAGCUUUCGAUUCUGGGUCGGUUUACGACACAGCCUUUACGGCGUUCAACACGCCCUAUCCGCAAGAGGUGCGCAAUGCCGUCUUCAAUGCACCCUUGCCUGGUGCUCAUCAUCAUGGGUUCCCCUACGGUUAUGAUGGAGGGUUCCCGGCCGUAUCUGGAGCUCAUCCGGUUGACACGUCCUUCCAUGGUCCGCCAGCUGAUCUCGAGAUGAACAGCCAGUUUUCGCAUCAUCACUGA